CGUCACCAUUUCCUUACUUAUCCCUCUUUUCCCCGUCCAAUCUCUUAUGCGCUGUAAUUGGAAGCUGCGAUCGAACAAAACUCCAGGCAGAGAUCUUCGUCCAAACUUGCCAGCACAAAAAGUGACUUCGCAUUCUAUCAAUAUCGUUAGGAAAUGGAAGAGAAUGAUAAAAAGUUGGAGAGCAGAGAAGCAGAAGAGCAAAGAGCUGAGUGCAGUAAGAAUUACAGAGGGGUUCGUCGGAGGAGUUGGGGAAAAUGGGUAUCUGAAAUUCGGCAACCAAAGAAUAAGCGAAGAAUAUGGUUGGGGACUUUCGAUACUCCACAGAAGGCGGCUCGAGCCCACGACGUGGCGGCUCUGAGCCUAAAGGGUCCAAAUGCUUUACUUAAUUUUCCCGAACUGGCCGACACUUUUCCUCGCCCUUCUUCGUUGGAUCCACGGGAUAUACAGUUGGCGGCUGCAGAGGCUGCUCGUGGGUCGUGCUUCUCUAAUUCUAAUGAAACUUCUUCUUUAAAGGUGACUGCAGAUGGAGAAAACAUUGUUAAUGGAGUUGCAGGAGAUGAGGAGGGGAUAUGGAAGAGACCCACAUGUUGGACAGGCUCUAAGGAUUUGGAGCUGCGGUUGGCUUUGCAGUAGACUGCAAAUCUGGGGAAUUAGAUACACUUUUUCUACAUGAUCUGAAUAUAGCUAAGUAUUGCAGUGGAUAUGUUCAUCUUAAAGACGAUCGCAGUCUUUACCAACACAAGGUAAGCGUGCUGAUCACUAUUGUAUAUACCCAGUUGUUUUAUUUAUAUGCGCGCAAUAGUUUUUCAUUCUGUCAGAUUUCAAGCGUGCUCAUGGCUAUUGUGGAUAUCCAGUUGUAUUUAUAUGCAGGCAAUAGAUCUUCAUUCUGUCAGUUUUUAAUGGAAAUGUGUGACCUAUUUUCUCAGUUUUAAGAAGUAGAAAGCUCCUGUAUAAGAGAUCCUAAACUUGUCUGAGUCGACUCCAUGAAUUUUGGUGACAUAUGAAGGACUGAAAAGUUAAUAUAAACUAUUACUUAAUGUUGUUUAGCUGAUGUAGAAGAACCAACAUUUGUCUGAGAUGGCUCCAUGGGUUUUGGUGAUGGAUUAUAGAUUGAAAAUUUAAUACAAGUUAUUCUACUAAUUUUUUUA